AGGCAGAAGAGGAGUCUCGUCUGUCUGUGUCCAUGUCUCCGCUUUGUUCUGACAAAGACCCCCAGCGUCCCGCCUGCUGCUGUUCUCCCACCUCUGGAUUUAAGUCGGCCGGAAUACCACCGGGACCAUCCGCUCAUCAUUCCGCGCUGCCACAUUCGGAUGGGAGGCAAAGUUGGACCUCUGUGGACUGCACGAUGGGUGACAAACACUUUGGCUUUUCUUGCGCUUUUCAGAGUUUCCUAGCAUCCAGGAUGACCUCACUUUUCUUCAGUCGAAGAGUUUUUAUAUGUAACACAAAUUGAGCGCCUUCUCUUUUGCUUUUGUCUGUUUAAAAGUAGGUUAGCUAUUUGGGAAUAUAACAUUUUGAACUUGGCUUGUGAGGCACCUCUUGAUGUGAAAGAUGAGUGGGGAAGAGGGUUAGAGACAUGUCUCCGUCUCCCCCCCUUCCAGAAGUCAAUUCUAACCUUGUUCUAAAAAUGUGACUGUAGUACAUUUUUGUGCGCUUCGAUACAUUUAUAUUUUUAUUAUUUUUGUCCUUGACUGGACUCUUUACGGUGGACUACAUCUGAUUUUACAGAUCUUCCCUCUCCAAGGGAACUGUCAAGUUAAACUCUUUGCUGUUAACCCACUUAGUUGCCCAAUCUCCCCUUUGGGGGUUUCCUUCAAACAUCUGUCCUACUCUAGUUUUCUUGAGGAAACCAAAAAGACAAAUCAGCAAAGGGAGCACAGGGAAAGAAGACACCCCCCUCCCAAAGGUGUGAGGGGGGCAGAAGAUGGCAGCUCUCGCCAGCUCUCUCAUCAGACAGAAACGGGCAGUAAAGGACGACCAAGCCAACCGACCGGUCGCCAACAAGCGCAAGCCCUGUCCCAAGAGCAACAAGUCCUUGUGCCAGAAGCAGAUUCUGGUGUUGAUAUCAAAGGUUCGGCUCUGCGGGGGUCGGAAAAGUCGAAAUGAGAAAAGACCAGAGCCGCAACUAAAAGGUAUUGUUACUCGCCUGUACAGCCAACAUGGUUUCUACCUGCAGAUGCAGCCUGACGGCACCUUGGGCAGCACGAAAGACGAAAGCAGCGCAUUUUCACAGUUCAACUUAAUCCCGGUGGGACUGCGGAUUGUGGCAAUUCAGGGGACAAAAACAGGGUUGUACCUCGCCAUGAACAGCGAAGGAUACCUCUAUACCUCGGAACACUUCACUCCAGAGUGUAAGUUCAAGGAGAGCGUGUUUGAGAACUACUACGUUACGUACUCGUCCAUGCUCUACCGCCAGACCCAGUCCGGACGCUCCUGGUAUAUCGGCAUUAACAGGGACGGCCACAUCAUGAAGGGCAAUCGGGUGAAGAAGACCAAGGCGGCCGCACAUUUCUUACCGAAAGUCAUAGAAGUCGCAAUGUACAAGGAGCCGUCGCUGCACGAGCUCGCCAGCGAACCGGUGAGUCCUCCUCGGAAGACGGCGAAGACGUCGGACUCGCCGACGCUCAAGAAUGGACGGAAAGAGUCUCCCCAAGCGGACGCCUCAUAGCACAGGAGAUUGAGGGUGGGACAAAAGGGCAGAAGUGACACUGGGAACUCAGUUGCCCAAAAUGCACUGAGCGUGGCUGAAGAAACAGCACCUGCCGGCCACCGUGACCCAGAAUUGCGCUUCCAGAUGCUGAGAGUUAAAGAGCCAGGAGAAGGCCUGAGAGAGAGGAGUCCCCGCCCUCACCUGAAGCCACAGAAAGAAAGCCCUGGGUUUGUAACAACCCAUCCAACUUCCUCAUAUACGUCUCUCUCUCUUUCACUAUGUCUCCUGUGACGUCAUAAUUCACAUGUCCUUUUAUUUUCCUGCCAGACUCAAGCUUCUUUUUCUAUUCGCUCUGUUGUACUCAAUGUUCUGCCCUAUCAAAUUUCCCUCCUGACUCAGCGUCAUAAUCCUAACCCAUGGGGAGCUCCUUUUGAGCCUCAAAGUUGGUGACAACGUGGUUCUGCCUCACCCGACCUCUCCACCCACCAUCUGCCCACCAGCUAAAGUAAUAACCAGGGUCCUCUAAAGCUUAAAUCGAGAUGAAACGGAUCAGAGGGGAAAGCAAUCAGCAGGAAGCCUGAGUCAGGUCAUACCAGCACGCCAACAUGAGGAAAGCAAGUUUAUCACAUCAAAAACUAAAACCUGUUGUCAAAGGUUUUUUUUUUUUGUUCUUUUUUUUUUCUUGUUGUUCCUGUCUAUCUUACAAAAAGUCAAACUGAUGAUGACUUCAGCCUGUCAAAUGCAAGAAAGAUGAUAAAAUUGUUAAAAGAAAAAAGGUGCUAUAACAAUCCCAGUCAGACAGAACUAAAAAAAAAAAAAAAACAAUGCAAACAAAAUAAAGCAAAAACUAAAAACAUGACAAAACGCUAAACAAUUUGAUUAACAUUUCUCAAGGGAAUCGUUAAAAAAAAAAAAAUUACAUUCAGAGAAAUUAUAAAAA